AUGACCGACUCGGAUUGUCGCACAACCGAAAUAAGCGGCGGUCAAGCUUCCUCACCACCCCCCGAAGGAAAUAACCGCCACGGCCAACUAGGCGACGCCGUCCCCAUGACCCAACUUUCCCAACCGACCGCUACCGCCCCGAGCGCCGACCCACCCGUCUCGUCCUCACCGCCGACAACGACAACGACGACGACAACGACGCACGAUGCGGGUCCCACGACGAUACCCCCCCUCGACACGACAAAGCCGGGCGCUUCAUCCUCCUCACCCCCAGGGGGCGGCGAAGACGUGAUUGAACCUACCGAUAAGGGCAAAGAGAGGGCGACGACCGCCGAUGAAGAAACUGCCGCUGCUGCUGCUGUGCCCCGACCGCCCACCAAGACCGAUACGCCCGAGUCUAUGGCCAUCGGACCCUCGGUCGAGCAUGUCCAGAGCGUCCAGCCGUCCGACGUGCUCGUAUGCAACAUCACCCUGCUGCUCACCACCGGCGCCCGCCAUCCUUACCGCAUCGAUGAGCGGUACCUCGCGAAACGCAACGUCAACGUGCCCGGCAAGACGGCUGAUGGCAGGAACGACCCUUUCACCAUCAGCGUGUACACCCUCAAGGAGCUGAUUUUGCGGGAAUGGAGGGAGGAGUGGGAUCCCAAGCCCGCGAGCCCGAGCAGUAUCCGACUCAUCCACUUUGGAAAGUUGUUAGACGACAAGGAGCCGCUGAAUAAAUACCACUUCAGCGCCGACGCCGCCAAUGUCGUGCACAUGACCGUCCGUCCCGCCGAUACUAUCGACGAAGAGGAGCCCAAGGGAGGCAAUAAGUCUGCAUCGGGAGCCGGACGCAAUCGGAGCCAAGGGAGCGGCUGCUGUAUAAUUCUAUGA